CAAAACAUUCCACUCAGUUGUCGUUAGAAGAACGCCCAAUGGACACCCUCCUCUCGCCCGAGGAACUCGUGGUAGACCCCAUCAAGGGCUACCCUUCUGGCUACAGCAGAUUGUCACGCCUAUGCGCUCUCCAGUCCGGUAAUGAGACCAGAAUCGCACCAAGGGGGCCUCCUUUCGCAUGGACCGCAGUCGAUGACCCAAAGAUCAGGGCGGUGGUUCAGACAGUCGAAUGUCAGUUUCCAUUCCUAUCUGAAGCAGCUAGGGAUCGUAGCAGUGUGGUGGGGUUUGAGAGCAGCCUGUGGAUCCAACUGAGUAUUCCCAAUACAAUCAACCAGCCAAAGUCUGAUUGAUUUUACGGUUGCUGUGGUGCUUUUUCACCUUGCUUACCACCCUAAAACGUCUGAGGAGAAUGGGUGACAGACUCUGAAGCGGGUCCAGGGGAACUCAUAUCCAGUCAUAACGCAACCUGCUUAGCGCGGACCCAAACAUCAAGGAAGAAAAAUGACACUCUUUCCGCUUCUGCAAGAGUCACUGCGGUCCAAUCAAACGCAAGUGUCAAGAGUGCCACCGCUCUUUGCACCAACGCCAAAUUGGCGGUGCCAUGCAGCAGUGCUGAACCUGGGGACUGUCUUGAGCAGCGGUCUCUGAGAAUUUGAGAUGAAAGCUUCUUUCAACAGCAACGCAGCAAAUGCUAGAACUCACAAUUCCUCAGAAUGCCAGAACACCGCGGCUCUUCAGCGUCUCCAGUUGCAUUGCUCAGAUGAGGCUUCGCUUCAUGAGCUCAAGGACUGCAUCACGCCAUUGGCAAACAAAGAUGGUGUUCAGUGGAACAAAUUUUCUGCAAAUGAGGGCUCAAUUCUGCGGUUGGAGACCAAGACCCCUGGGAAGAAGAUGGACGCGAUACAAGAUGCUAGCAACACAGGGGCAUACCGAAAAACUGGAAAAGCAAACAGUGGGGGAAGGUUGGCUGCAGCUUUCCAGAGUGCAUCAAAUCUGCAGAUGCCUUGGGAGCGCAGAUGGCAGGCGCUGGGUUCAAGGAGCACAGUCCACAAGCCCUAUGGUCAUGGCGUUGACUCAUCCAUGUGGAACUCCCUUGACCACACCACCGUUCUCUACGGCCUCAUUGCAGCAAAUAUCAGUGUGUGGUUCCUGUGGCAGAGUCCCGAGCGGCGCGAAUUCAUGGAGAAGCACUUCCAGGUUUCGGUCGCGUCGAUAGAGGAUCGCCGGGAGCACACGGCCGUGACCGCCAACUUCAGCCACUCUGACGCGGGCCACCUGGCGCUCAACAUGCUUGCGCUCCACUCCUUCGGGCGUAUGAUUGGACACCCCCGGCUCUUCGGCGGGGGGGGUCUCCUGGCCCUGUACCUGGCGGGGGGGCUCGGCUGCGUGGCGGGGCACUGCCUGUACUGGUCGUACUUCGUGCCGUGGAAGCAGGGCGUUGACCGGCGUGCGUACAACGCUCGCCGUACGCCGUCGGCUCUCGGCGCGAGCGGCUCCGUCAGCGCCCUCCUGACGUGCAGCAUUCUGCUCAACCCGUCGCAGAAGCUCCUCGUUUACGGCCUCCCAGUCCCGGCGUGGUUGUAUGGUAUCUUCGUGACAGCCUUGGAUUUGUCGGGCGCUAUUGGGGUGAACCACGGGAGCCGCAUCGGAUACGCUGGCCACUUGGGCGGUGCUGCCGUCGGCGCUGCCGCAUGGCUUCUUUUCCGGCGCUGUUCGUGAGAUGAUGGGCAGCCGGUUCAAAAUCGUAAAUUAAACCACUCUUUGUUACGUGAUUGUCAAGACCAAAGGGUUGUUGACCGUGUAUAAUAACAUGCCUGUACCAUAUAAACCCUGUAAGGAUGGCACUUUCUGGUGUAGAUGUCUUGUAGAUGAAGGUUGAGAAACUGACUGUGAGGCAGGAUACACAGGUCACUGCAUGGAUAGAACGUCUCAGAAGUACUUGUGUGAAACCGUUUACUCUGGCAAACUGAGUUGGCAGGCUGACAAAUUGACCUCUGUAAAGCUAUUACGCUGCUGAUUUACGGCAUCCUACUCGAUUUCUUAGACAAGCUCGCGCUCAAUCGUGCAACCAAUCCAUCGUACGGCCU